AUGGUAGUAGCUGAAUUUGUUGUUGCUGGUGGUGAUUAUAUGGGAGUAUGGAAGGAGACUCCCAAAAGCAGGAAUUGGAAAUCUUUGAGUAAGACGACAGUGCCCAUUGCGUUGCGUCGCAAUGGUUCAUAUGAUGAUCUGAUUGCAAGCGUAAUUGAGGCCGGUGAGUUAACUUCCGAGCCAAAUGACUUGGUUAUCAUGGUAAACAAGGAUAGUAAUAGGUUCAUGUAUUAUAUCUUGGCCUUCGGUGCUUGCAUUAGGGGAUUUGCCCAUAUGAGAAAGGUAAUUGCGAUCGACGGCACUCAUUUACAUAGUAAAUAUGAGGGCGAGUUGUUGAGAGAUGUUGCGCAAUAUACGGAGAAUCAUGUUUAUCCAAUUUUCUUUUGUAUCGUGGACAAAGAGAAUGAUGCAUCUUGGACAUUCUUCUUUGAGAAGUUGAAGGAGAUUGUGGUCGAUAAACCAGAUUUGUGUUUUAUCUCUAAUAGACAUAAGAGCAUCGCCAACGGUAUUGUGAACAGUUACAAUUAUGCUCACCACGGGUAUUGUAGGAGGCACCUCAAUGAAAGUCUCCACGUAAAUCAUCAUUGUGGAGAUUCCCUCUAUCUUUACUACAAUGUGGCAAAGGCUUAUUCUUUGAAGGAGUUUUACAAUCAUUUUGUAGAAUUCAAGAACAAAUUCCCUGCGGCAAUCGUCGUUCUUGAGCAUGAUAUUGGUUUUGAGAAGUGGAGCAGGGUACAUUUCCCUGGCAAUAGAUAUGAUGUGAUGACCAAAAAUAUUACCGAGUCACUCAAUGCUAUGUUGAUAGACGAAAGAGAGUAUCCCGUGGCAUCUAUUAAACAACUUUAUUGUCAAUAA